AUGGACCUGCGAGCGGAGCUGCUGAAGUCCAUCUGGUACGCCUUCACCGCCCUGGAUGUGGAGAAGAGCGGCAAGGUCUCCAAAUCCCAGCUCAAAGUGCUGUCUCACAACCUGUACACGGUGUUGUGCAUCCCCCACGACCCCGUGGCGCUGGAAGAGCAUUUCCGCGAUGAUGACGAUGGGCCGGUGUCCAGCCAGGGCUACAUGCCGUACCUCAACAAGUACAUCCUGGAUAAGGUGGAGGAAGGUGCUUUUGUCAAAGAAAACUUUGAUGAGCUCUGCUGGACCCUGACUGCAAAGAAGAAUUACAAGCCUGACCGGAACGGGAAUAGCAUUGUAUCCCACCAAGAUGCCUUCAAGCUCUGGUGUCUCUUCAACUUUCUGUCUGAAGACAAAUACCCUCUCGUCAUGGUGCCAGAUGAGGUGGAGUAUUUGCUGAAGAAGAUCUGCACCGCCAUGAAUGUGGAGCUGAACUCCUGCGAGCUGGAUGAUUACCUGUCCCAGGAGCCGCAGGGGCAGGGGGGGCUGACGGUCUGGCAGUUCCUGGACAUGGUGAACUCGGGGCGGUUCCUGAGAGGCAUCGAGCAGGAGGCCGUCAGCAUGGCUGUGGAGGAGGUGUACCAGGAGGUCAUCGAGGAUGUGCUCAAACAGGGCUACCUCUGGAAGAAGGGCCAGCUGAGGAGGAACUGGUCGGAGCGGUGGUUCACGCUGAAGCCCAGUGUCCUGUCCUACUACAUGAGUGAGGAACGGAAGGAGAAGAAGGGGAGCAUCGCUUUGGACAAGCACUGCUGCGUGGAGGUUCUGCCCGACCGGGAUGGGAAGAGGUGCAUGUUCUGCGUGAAGACCUCCUCCCGCACCUAUGAGAUGAGCGCUUCCGACACCCGGCAGCGCCAGGAAUGGACCUUAGAUCCAGACAGGGCAGAGAUCCUUCUGCAGGAGGAGGAGCAGCGGCGGAAGCACCAGCACGAGGAGAUGCAGAGGACUCUAGAGAUUCAGCUGCGGGAGGCUGAGCAGGCUCGAGCCUCCAUGCAGGCAGAGAUGGUCCUGAAGGAAGCAGAAGCGGAGCGUCAGCGCAAGCGCAUCCUGGAGCUGGAGGACAUGCAGGAGCGGCUCCAGGAGGCCCUGCAGCAGGAGGUGAAAGCACGGCAGGACGAGGAGUCUGUGAGAUACGCACAGGCCAGGCUACUGGCUGAGGAAGAGGAGAAGCUGAAGCAGCUGAUGAAGCUGAAGGAGGAGCAAGAGGAAUAUAUCAUCAAAACUCAGCGGGAGAAGCAAGUCCUCAAGCAGGAGAUGGAGAGCAAGAACAAGUGUUUGGAAGAGGCGCAGAAGCAGCUGGAAGAAGUGAGAGUGAACAGGCAGCGGGUGGACCAAGAUGUCAUGGCGGCCCAGCGGAAGCUGCGACAGGCCAGCACCAACGUCAAGCACUGGAAUGUCCAGAUGAACCGACUGAUGCACCCCAUCGGGCCAGGAGACAAGCGCACGAACGUGAGCGGAGGAGGCUUCGCUGGCUACCAACCCCUCCUCUCCCAGAGAGAUUCCUCCCUGAAACUCAAGCAGAAAGUGGAGGAUAAAGGCAGUGACCCCACGAGAGAAAAGAGCAAGGAAAAUGUGAGCAACGGUGGGAACAGCAGCAUGCCACCACCUGCGGAUGCGGAUGCGGACACCAUGGCCACAGAGCCCGCCAACUAGCCCGGCAGCAUGGCAGAGCCCUGCGGGCAACUGCGGGGCCCAGCACGCCCCUUGGAGCGGACACAGUCAAUACGGGCGUCUCUGGAUGGAGACAAGUGGGGACCAGCACAGAGCCUGUAGGUGACUACAGGUACAGCAGAGAAGCUCCCGUUUUCUUCAGGGAAGGGCUGCAGCCACGACGUGCCAGGAGGCUCAGCCAGCCCAACACUGGGGAGAAGGCAGUGGGGCCAUCUCCUCUGGGCUGCUCAGGUGUGGGAUGUGGACUCAAAUCCCCAGCCCCUCUUUUCCAACCUUCCUUAAAAAAAAAAAAAACCAAAACAAAACCAAAA